UUAUAUGUAGUGUUUAUUGCUAAUAGUGUUAGUUGUAUUGAUGAUAAUAAUUUUGUAACUGUCAAAACAUUGUCGGGAACAACAGUUAGAGGACAGACACUACAUGUGCUUAAUAGAGAUGUCCAUCAGUUUCUGAACAUACCGUUUGCCGAACCACCAGUUGGUGACCUCAGGUUUGCCAAACCGGUGCCAAUUAAAGAGCCCACAAAGGAUGUCAUCGAUGGCACCAAACCGGGAAACUCUUGUAUACAAAACUUGAGUCCAGAAAUGAAACAAUUUAUAGGAGAUUUGCAACAAAGUGAAGACUGUCUGGUACUCAACGUAUGGACACCGAGUCUGGAGACUACUGGCCUCAAACCGGUCAUGUUUUGGAUAUAUGGCGGCGCUUUCAGUUUGGGUUCAAUAUUUCAAACCGAUUAUAACGGAUCGGUUUUGGCCACCAAUGAUGUUGUGUUUGUUGCGGCCAACUAUAGAGUGGGAGAACUAGGCUUUCUAUACGGGGCUCACGAGUCGGCACCGGGAAAUGCCGGUCUAUACGAUCAGUUAUUAGCACUCAAAUGGAUAAAAGAUAAUAUUGAAAGUUUUGGCGGUGACCCCAAUCAGGUAACUAUUUUCGGUGAAAGCGCCGGCAGUAUGUCUGUAUCGGCACAUCUACUAUCGCCACUAUCCAAAGGCCUAUUCAAACGGGCUAUUAUGCAAAGCGGGUCAUUGAUGUUCAAUAAGGACAUACCGGCCUCAGAUACUGUCCGAGCACUCGGUAAAGCUAAACAAUGGGCUCAGAAACUCGGAUGCGAUCCCUAUGACUAUGAAUGGUUGGCCUGUUUGAGAUCAAUAGCCGAUCCCAACCUAUUUAAUCAGUUGCCAGAAAAUGGUGGUCUAUUUCAAGUAAAUUUCCCGGUAUUUGGUACCGAAUUUUUACCCCAUAUUCCACAAAAAGCAUUCAACAAAAAACUCUACAAUUAUGAUGUUGAACUAAUAGCCGGUGCCACCAAAGAUGAAGGUCCAAUGUUAGCCAUACUGUUGUAUCCAAUACUUAUGAACCCGGAGUUCAAUGUUACCGGACUAACCAAUUUGGUCGCCGAAAUUAACGACCAAUUGUUCCGCAAUGUAGACGUCCGUAAAGCAGUGGACUAUUAUUUACAAGGAGUCGACGACCGUACAGAUCCAGUCCAACUGAGACUGGCUUUCAGCCAACUAUACGGCGAUCUAUUGAUAACAUGUCCGGCCUAUCGUUUCGCCCGCCUGUUUGCGGCCAACAACAGCCCGUCGGACAACAACAACAACAAUGUUUGGUACUAUCGAUGGAAUUAUGCGCCAACCGGUGGCCCGCAGUUUAUGGAUCCGAAAUCGUUAGGCUUUCCCGACAAUACUAUAGUACACGGUAUUGAUAUGGGUUUUACAUUUGGCCAGCCAUUACUGGAACCGACACUGUUUACCGAAAAAGAUUAUGACUUUACCAUUGAUAUCAUUAAAAUGUGGACCGAUUUUGCAAAGUUUGGUAAUCCAAGCAAAGAUUGGCCUAAAUUAUUGGAUAAAACUACCGGUGCUAUCAAAGUCAAAGAUCUGACACCCGAUGACACAAAAACAACACGUGUUUUGGACAACCCGUUUGAGAGCACGUGCGACGGUGUUUGGGAUUAUUAUUAUUAAAAUAAAUAUUAUUAUAUG